UAUAAUUAAAUAAUUGAUGAUUUAAAUCAUCAAAAAAAUCAUUCGUACUUAAUAUAUAACGAUAUUGUAAAUUAUCACUUCUAUGAUCAUCCAUUAAUUAAAUAUUGUUUUUGAGUCUUCAGUCAUUCUUUGUUUGUUUUUUUUGGCCCACCAAGAAUUCCGGUUUUUCCAGAAUCAAAACAAAAAUGAAAACUUCCACAUCAAAUACGGCAAUAACAACAUCAUCCGAUCAGAUUGAUCAUCCUAUUAAAUCUAAUGUUAAUCAAUCAUCUAUAGAUUUAUUGCAAUCGCAACAACAACAACAACAAGAAUUCGAACGUACAUCAUUGAAUAACCUUUUUAAACAUCGUAAUCGAUUGAAAUCAUUUAGCAAUAUACAUAGUCAUUGUUUUCAUUGUAUACGGCCGUUAAAAUGUAUACGAAUGCCUGUUUCAUUUAAUGAAGCUUAUCAAUUAUCGAUGGAAGAAAAAUAUUCAAUGAUAUUAGAUGUUGAUUAUUAUUGUAAUGAUGAUGAUGAUGAUGAUAAGAAUAAUAAUAAUCGAAUAAAAAAUCAUCAACGUAAACAGAAUCAACAACGAUUACAACAAUUAUCGAAUGGUUAUCAUGAUAAAAAUGAAGAUGAAAAUGAUACUACUAAUAUUGUAGAAUUUUGUCCAGUUGUACGUUGUACAAAUCGUCAAUGUGGAAUGGUAAUGCAUUAUUGUAAAAUGAAAGAACAUUUUCUUCUUUGCCAUUAUCAAAUGGUUUCAUGUAUAAAUAGCCAUUAUGGAUGUCCAUAUCGUUUAUUACGUGGUCAAAUGUCACAACAUCUUGUUGAUCAAUGUCCAGCAAAUGUUGUACAUUGUUCAGCUGAAUGGAAUCGUAUGCCAUUAUAUUCAAGUGAAAAAAGUCCAACAACUCAGGGAUUUUGUUCACCACAUUCAUUGAAUAUACAUAAUUUAGAUGUAGCAUUAGCAUUACGUGAUCAACGUAUGCUUAAACAAUUAUGGUCAGCAUCCAGACAAAUGAAACGUAUUAUGCGUGGUCGUCUUUCAACACAUCCGGCUGUUCCUAUAAAGCCUUAUAUUGGAAUUCGAACAUUUCGUGAAUUUCGUUCAACAGUCACAAAUGCACAGAAUUCGACAACAACAAUAACAACAGCAACAACAACGAACAAUAAUGUUGUUGAUCCAUCAUCAAUAAAUAAUAAUAAUAAUAAUAAUCAAUUAUCUUAUUAUAAUUGUGAUAAUAAUAUUGAAGAAGAAAAAUAUCUAAAUUAUGCUGCCAAAUUGGUUGAACAUGCUUAUAAAGAAUCAUUAGUGGAAAUAUUACGACAAACGGCUCAAUAUUAUCGUCGAAUUUAUAUGGAAAGUUCGCAUGAUUAUCGACAACAACAAGAACAAUCAAGAAAAAAAUCGAAUUCAAUUUGUAGUCAAAUGUUUUCAUGGAUGGAAUCCAAAUGUAAUACAAAUCUAGUUGAAACAAAUAAUGAUGGAAUUAAUCAUUCAACAAUUAAUACAAAUAAUAAUGAUAAUCAACAACUAUUAUCUCCAACAUUGGCCAUUCAACAAUCAUAUCCAAGUUCUUCAUCAAUAAAUCUGCCUAUAAUAACGGAUACGGAUAAACAAUUUAUGGUCGAAAUGAUUAAAACAAAAGCAAAAGAUGUUCAAUCAAAUCAAUGUAUGAAUCAACGAAAAAAUGUUCAAUCACAGCCACCGAUACCACCUCCUGUACCUAAAUGUAAUACAUUAUCAUUAGAAAUAUCGAUCCGUUCAUAUGCAUUUUAUCAACCAAAACCUCGGGCAAUGUAUACGUUUCGUUGUGGAUUAGAUUUUCGUAAAGAUGAAUUGUCCGCACACUCACGAGAUAUACAUAGUGAUAUACAUGGUGGCCUAGAUGGUUGGAUUGAAUAUCGUUGUCCAUUAUUCUAUAAUGGCUGUACAUUUGUACAUCGUCGUCUUUGGCCACGUUUAUCACAAAAUGAGCCAUCAUAUGUUGAUCGAUGGAAUCGACAACAAACAACGAUUGUUUAUAAUGAAUCAUUAGAAACAUUUGCUUGUUGUUCCGUUAACGAUAAUGAUUAUGAUGAUGUUCGAUCGAAUCGAACAACAAAUAUUUCAUUUGAUCAAUGUGAAGAUGAUGAUGAUGAUGAUCUAAUGAUGGAUGAUGAUAAUAAACGAAAUGAAUCUUUUGAUCAUCAACAGCCAUCAUCAACAUCAUCCGUUUCAUUAGAAUCACCAUCAUUUGAUGAUGAAAAUAAUCAUCGAAUAAUGUUGACAAAAACGGCAAGAAAAAAUAGUACAAGUGCUUGCUGUGGCAAUGGUGAUAGUAUCAUUUCAACAUCACAUUCAUCAUCAUCAUAUUCAUUAUUAUAUUCGAAUAAUAAUUCAUCCGUUCCAUUAUUAUUAAUGUCCGGUAAAGGUGGUAUAAAUGGAGGUAUAGCUGCUACAACAACAACAACAACAGCCAAUAAUACAUCAUCAUCAUGUAUAUCAUCAAGAAAAUCAUCUGAUGGCAAUAUUUAUUUUUCGUUAAAUAAUCUACCAUUUGAACUGUUACAAAAUAUUUGCAAAUAUCUGGACGGAUUUUCAUUGAAUAAUCUAUCAUUUACAUCGAAACGUAUGCGUAUGGUUGUACAAUCGUUUGUAAAGAAAAAAGGUUAUGUCGUUUUACAAUGGAAACGUUUCGAAAUGGAAAAGGGUAAAUUUCAAUGGCGUGUCGUUUAUAAGAAAUGGCUAUUUAGUACAGCAAUGCAACCUAUACGUGGUUGGCGUAUUGAUUCCGAUAAUGUUAUGGCUCAUCAUUUACAAGUUUGUCCAUUUUAUGAACGUAAUAUACGUACAGAACCAUUUCGUAUUUGUGAAUUUGAUCCAUCCAUUCUUCCUAAUCACAAUGCUUCCUCAAUGUCAACAACAACAACAAUAAUAACAAAAUAAUGAUAAUAAUAAUAAU